UCCUUUUUAUUAUUUAUGAACAUUUCCGUUUUGGAAUUGGCUUUAACCAAUACCAACCACUGUGGUGGUGUGUGGUUCUCGCUGGCCCCUGGUUUGCUGAUUAUCUACGACACCAACAACAACUUGGCUCCUCUGCAGUACGUUUCAAUCUUGCGACCUCCAGUCGAACAGACAGGUGGCGAAGGUAUCGAUAAAGUUGAAUGGAAACAGCUCUUCGAUAUCAUGUGGAGUGAUCCACAACACAAUGACGGCUGCCUGCCCAAUAGCCUACGCGGUGCCGGCACCUAUUUCGGACCCGAUGUAACCCGAAACUUUUUGGAACAACACAAGUUGGAGCUAUUGGUCCGCUCGCACGAAUGCAAGGUCGAUGGCUAUGAGUUUGUACACGACGACAAGGUGGUGACGAUUUUUUCGGCUUCGAACUACUAUGCCAUCGGCUCGAAUCGGGGUGCCUAUAUGAAAUUGAAUCCCCAUCUGGAACCACAUUUUGUACAGUACAUUUCGGCUGCUUCGAAGACACGUCAAUUAACAUUCCGCCAAAGGGUUGGCAUUGUUGAGAGUUCAGCGAUUCGGGAAUUGGGUGCAAGAUUGAGGGCAAAGCGUAAUGAGCUGGAGGAGGAGUUCAGGAAGAAUGACCCCAAUAACAGAGGCUACAUUUCCGUCUCCCAUUGGUGCGAUGCCAUGGAAAAGGCCACAAAUUUGGGUUUACCCUGGCGUUUGCUGAGACCCCGUUUGGCCCCAUCGACCGAUGAACGUUCCACAAAUGAAGUCAACUAUUUGACCACGUUAGAUCUAUUGGAUACGGAUACCAUAAUUGAAGCUCAAGCACAAGAAACCAGCGUGGCCGAUUCUCUGUACAAAAAUGUCAGCAGCUUGGAGGCUAUAUUCCAUAUAUUGGACUCAGAUCAAUCGGGCUACAUCUCUCUGAGUGAAUUCAGUGAUGCCUGUGAUUUGUUGGAACAACAUUUGCCCGGCACAAAUACCCGUGAACAGCUGUUGGAUAUGUGUCGCAUGAUGGACUUGAACAAAGAUGGUCUGGUCGAUCUGAAUGAGUUCUUGGAAGCAUUCCGCCUAUGUGAACAGGCCAAAAAUGACCAGGUGGCUGGAAGGACACGUCGAGACAAGUCACCAAAUCGUGAACAAAGUGCUGCUGAGCCGGAUGAAAAGCAAAAAGCGGAUAGAAGACUCAGUGCCACUGUGGCCGAAGCCGAGGCAGAGUUGAAAAAGCUAUUACCACCCACGGCCGAGGAGGAUGAUAUUGAUCCCAAAGAUUGUGAGGCUAAUACAUUGAAACGCAAUAAAUAAUUGACAGGCGGGGGGCGAAUUUGUUUGGCCUUUAAGAAGGAGCAAAUGGCGUUUUUUCUCAUUCUCAUUUGAAAUUAUCUAAGCUUUAAAUCGCAAACAAUUUUUAAGAAAAACUUAUAUUAAUAUUUGUUAUAAUUAAAAAAAACAAGUCGAUUAGUUAAGAAAAUCAUGAAAUUAAAUGUCCUCAUAUAUUUUUUAAGUCUGAAAAAAAUUUAAAAAAAAUCAUAUAACUUAAAAAAAGUACUAUUUCUUUAUUAAAGUUAUAGGUUAUAGUUGCAACUCUGAUCUCCUAAAAAUAAUUUAGAAAAAAUAUUAUUUUUUUUUUUUUUUUUGUAUUUUGUCAUUGUGUCAUAACAACCUCAACACAAAAUAGACAACGAACCGAAAUUAUUCAACAAAAAAAUACUCAUUUUUCGCAUUAUUAUUUAACAAAAAAAUAUUUAUCUGUAUUUCCGUCCAUUUGUUUAAAAUUAUUUUUUUUUAUUUUAUCAAAAAAAUUGUAAAUUACAA